CACAGCAGGAGAGAGGGCAACAGGGUGAAGAAGUGAGAGGGAGGGAGAGGAAAGGGAGGGAGGGAGGGUCCAGAAAGAGAGAAAAAAGCAAGAGAGGGAAAGAACAGGAACGGGCGAAGAAAGGAAAUAUGAGAAGGGGGGAAUUCUGAGGCGAAAGAGGAGCGGAAGAAAGUUUUUGAGAGCGAGAGAGAGAGAGGGAAGAGCGAGAGAGCGAGUGAGAGAGAGAGCGACGGAGAAAAGAGCAGAUGAGAAAACCAGCCGAGGCGAAUGGCUCAGGCGGGAAGUGGGAGGAAAAAGCUCGAUCUUUAAGGAGUUUUCUUCUGGCGACCGGACUGUUUACAUCAUGUUCUCAGACAGCAGACCGCUGGGUCUGCCGAGGGUCCCUCAGCGCAGCGGUGCUCCAGAGCUCUGGCUUCGCAACGGGGCCGUGGUCCAGAGGGAGACGCUGCGUACGGGGCCCGGCUCGCAGACGGAAGCUAGCCCCCUCCCGCUCCCGCUCCCGCUCCCGCCAGACAGACGGCGAGAAGCGGGGCUCGCGGCGCGGGAGGGGAAGGGAAGUCCCCACGUGAGGGAGAGGGCGGACGCCAACAUUGACGGACGCGAUCUUCAGAGGAGGAGGCCGCCGCUCGGCGAGCAGAAGCCCGUCAGCCGGAGCGGCCCGCGGGAGCCCGGCUCCGCCAGGUGGAGCCAGGCCCCGGAACCGCGGCAGAGACGGGGCUCGCCCGGCAGGGAGGCCCUCAGGGAGUGCGUCUGCUCCAGCAGCCGCGGCCACCCAGCGCAGCCACACCCCCCCGGGAGGAAGUAUGUGCCACCCCCACCCGCCGGGUUCAAAGGUCAGGAGAGCUACGGAGUGCCUGGGUUUGUGGUGGAGAGGCAGUUCUGGGGCUAUUCGAGGGAGAGCUUCCAGCGGGGGUCUCGUGUGUUUGGGCAGGCGCACGCAGCGACACGCGGUUUCGGCAGGCAGCCCGGCUCAAAUUCCACCCGCGCACACGGACCGGAAUAUAGUAACUUCAAUCACGGCUCCGGGGACUCGACCCGGCCGCAGUAUCGACAGGAGCAGGGCUGCAAUGGGCCCAGCUCGACCCGGGGGCUUAUCUUCUCCACCGAAGUUCCUCGGAGAGAGCCGGGCCGCGGCGGGCAGAGGAGUUUGUGUUGGCCCGGCAGUGACGCGAGGCCCGUCCAAAACAAAUGCCCCGUCGCGGAACGGGGACAGAAGAAAGAGCCGGGCGCCGACAAGCCAAAGAUGAGCCAAGCGGCGGUGCGGGACCAGAUACGACGGGUGGUCGGGGACCUGGAGGGGGUUCUGGGAGGCCUGAAGCAGGUUCAUCUCGAGAUGAAGGAGAGCCCUUUCCCCACACAGGUGGUCCAACAGAUUGAGCUGCUGACCUCCAACAUUGACCUUGGAGAAGAGGAUCCUAGCAACAGCGUCCCGAGUGACACUCUCUGCAGCAGUAGCUCCAGCGGGGUCAUGAUGUCCAGUCACAGGGGAGUGGGGGGCCAUCGGCCGAAACAGGGGGACCCCCCCCGCGCUCGCGCCUCUCUGAGAGACACCCCCGCCCAUUCCAACCCCCCCGCACUCAAUCCGUCUGUCAUCGUGACCAACCAGGUGGCGGCGAUGAACCACAGAGGUCCUCCUCUUGAUCGAACUUCUGCUUCUCCCGCCACGGCCGUUCCCCCGGCAAAUCCGCACGGGGACCAAGGUCAAGAGUCAAAGAGCGGGGCGGUCCAACCGCGUCCCGCCCUCCCCAAACCGGCCUUCCGUAACCAGCACCAAGCCGCAGACCACAGGUCUGGAGGACCGACGUGCCGAAGCAAGAAACCGCCUCCGUACCCCCACAACGGCCAGGUGGCGAAGAUGGGGAAGGGGAGAGAGUCCGUUAAGGCUCCCCCCUACCCAGCGAAGCGUAGACUGCUCUCCACCAUGGUGUGAGGGGGCGGUGGACGGCACCCGUGGGCCCUGGAGCAGUCAGCGAGACGGGCCUUGGUCAGCUUGUGGAAGAGCCAGAGAACCCAAAGCAACAGGCAGCUCUCGUGACACUUGAUGGUGCGGGACAAGUGCACCACCGUCAUUGAUGACGCUGAAGUAUUCUGGACAAGAAAGACUGAUUUCUGCUGCAGAAAGGGAACAAUGUCAGCGAGAGGAGACCGUGAAAGGUGCGUCCCAAAGGCGCCGUUUCAUCACGGAGGUGUUUUUAAAGACGGCGCUCUGGGACCACGGAGAACGACGGAUGACCCGCCCUGAACAGGAGAACUCUAAACCCGGUGUUCAAGCCGAGCGUGACUAUACUGCAGUCUGUACACUCACUGCAUUCCGGCAGCCUACCUGUGGUUUCUGAAACCAUUUAAACAUGUACGUUACAUCCAAAGACAUUUCAGAAGGUUGGCAUAGCUGCUCCAUUAAACCAAUCUUCUCUAAAAAAAAAGAAAAAAA